GUAGGCGUCGCUUUCCCCUCUCUCACAGCAGACAGCCGUGUUUUAUUCUUCUAUUUAAAUAAGCCGACCGGCGAAGCUGCCAGAGCAGAGGUUAGUUGUUGCUAGUUGAGUGGGCAGACUUGUUCGCGAAUAAACGUGCAUACACGAUUUGAUUGAGCUCAGUACUCAGUAGAGUUUGCGUGGUGAGUGAAACACAUUGACCAUCCGUGGCAACAGCGAUCGAUUGUCUUUUUGUUUUGGUGGUUUAUAAAAGCGUUGUGUUGCGAUCACCACUUGUCACUUAUGGCUGAGAGCGGCGUGAGACGCAACAUCCCAGUGAGGCUCGGCGAUUUCAGCGUCAUCGACUCGGAGUUCAGCAACAUCAGGGAGCGCUUCGACGCUGAAAUGCGAAAAAUGGAAGACGAAAUGACCAAGUUCCGGUCCGAGCUCAUGAACCGCGAGUCCAACUUCUUCAAGACAUCGUCCAGGUCUACCGAAAGGACAUUUAGCACAUCCUCGAACACAGUGUCGACAAAUGACGGCGUGAAGAGCGGUGGAGGAGGCCAGAACACGUGGCUCGAGUCGAUCAACUCGCCCUUGAUCCAGGAGGACGGUGACAACAAGUGCCUCAAGCUACGAUUCGACGUCAGCCAGUACCAGCCCGAGGAAAUCAUUGUCAAAACCGUCGACAACAAGCUUCUGGUGCACGCUAAACACGAGGAGAAGUCAGACAGUAAAUCGGUGUACAGAGAGUACAACCGCGAAUUCCUGCUGCCGAAGGGCACCAACCCCGAGUCCAUCAAGUCAUCCCUCAGCAAAGAUGGCGUCCUCACAGUCGAGGCCCCCCUCCCCGCCCUCGGCGCACCCGAAAAACUGAUUCCAAUCACACAUAAGUAGAUUAAGACCCCCACCCCCCACCACACCAUCAUUCAUUCUAAUACCGCUCACACUCUCACUAGACAACAAAAUGCUACAAAACGACAAAAAAUAAUUGCGAAAAUUCCAAACAUCAGUUGACAUCGUCUUAUUUUUUAUACAAGGUGAUCAUUUUUUCAUUUCAUGUGUAUGUGCUUACUAUCCUCAUUUUCACAUCAUACAAAUAUACGAAGGUAACAUUUUAUAUACUGUUAAUUUUUCAACCCGCAGAUUUCUCAUUUGAUUCUCAACCAACAAGGCUACAAAUUAUGAAUUUUCAAUCAAGAAUCCAUUAAUUUUCUUAAAUUUAUUGUCUUUUACUUAUUGUAUAGAUUAUUGGUUUUAUACAGUUUGUGAAGAUUUUCUCGGCAAUAGAGUAUUGAUUAUUUUAUAUUCACCAUAGGUGAUAUUCCUAGCAAUAACCCUAAAUCGUAUUUUAUGGUAUACUUUUUAAGCAAUAUUGUUUCAAAUAAUAUAGAAUUAUACAUUACUUUGUUCAACUAUCCACUGAUAUUUUUGAUUUCUGCAGUGUAUUUCCUCCACUAGAAAGUAUUUUUGAGUUGAAUGUGUUGGUCUAUCCAAUUAGAUUCUAAUUGCAGUAUGUUAUUUUUGUAAUUUUUUAUUAUUUCUUUACUGAAACAUAAUAGUGUGUUGAAAAUUUCUCUAUCGAGUACAACCUUCAAAAUCAAUUCUCAAUGAUAUUAUUUUUAGAUUCUUCACAAUUUUUUGCUUCGAUUAGGCCUACCUACAUAUUGAGUAUGAAAAUCAUGAAAUAUUUCAUAUGCAUUUAAAUGUUCUGAACUACAUGAUUAGCAGAUUUUCACAAUGUCAGUGUAUAGGAUAGUGCACGUUUUAUCAACGAAUUCAAGGCCUGGAUCUUGUUAGAAAAUUGUAGCUUUAAAUUUUAUCAUGUAGGCUUUUGAAUGUCUGUAUUCCAAUCAAUAGUGCCUCAUUUUUAUGUGGGUUUGUACUUACUGGUAUGUGAAAUUUGUAUAUUGAUGAAAGUUUAUCUGAAAAGGAUCAUUUUCUGAGAAGAAACUAUUUAUUUUUAGAGUGGAAGCUUUCUAAAUAUUGCUGAAUCAACUACAAUAGAUUCCAUAUUGCUUUGAAUGUUAUGGUAUAGAGUCUAAAAUUAUCAGAAGAAUUGUGAGUUUAUAAUUUCUUUAUUAAAUCACUUUAUUUAUUUAUUAUUUUCUACGGAUUGGUGUAUCAAUCGAUUGUUAUAUUUUGUUUGUUGAAUUUUAUAUAAUUUCAAUUCAUUAUAACCUGAUUCUCAUUUGAUUACGUGUAAUAUAAUUUGAAGCGACAGUCAUCUAAUUUAUAAAUUAAUGUAAUACAAGGAUUUAUUAGUAUCGAUUGACAAAUUUUUAAUAAUUGUUUUUAAUUAUUUGUUCUAUAUUAUUCACAGUUACUGGAUAUAAUAUUGUAAAAUAACGGUGACGAAUAUAUUUUAUUAUUUAAAA